AUGCCACGCGCUGAGAUGCAUACAGACGCUGAAUCUCUCGACGGCCGUCUUUUGUUCGCAAUUCCGAAGAAAGGGCGGCUUCACGAAAAGUGUCUAGAGCUCCUGGCAGGUGCCGACAUACAAUUUCGGAGACACCACAGACUAGACGUUUGCCUGGUGAAGAACCACCCCAUUGCACUGGUGUUCCUCCCCGCCUCAGAUAUCCCAUCAUUCGUCGGCAAGGGAAAUGUUGACCUGGGCAUCACCGGCCAGGACGUGAUCCUUGAAGCGCGAAUGCAAGAGCACAUCACGGAGGUCCUGAAGUUGAACUUUGGGAAGUGCGCACUCCAGGUGCAGGUCCCCGAGGCUGGUCCUAUCAAGACCGUCGAGGAGCUUGCUGGAAAGCGAGUCGUCACCAGCUUCGAAGUGCUUUCUGGAGAAUAUUUCAACAAGAUCGAUGAGCAGCUGAACAUUAGCGGAGGGCAAAAGACAAAAAUUGAGUAUGUUGGAGGCAGUGUGGAGGCCGCAUGUGCCUUGGGGCUUGCGGACGGGAUUGUCGACCUCGUAGAGUCCGGAGAUACAAUGCGUGCAGCAGGCUUACACGCCAUUGCGACCCUUCUUCAAUCAGAGGCUGUCCUCAUCAAAUCCAGUAUCCCCAAGCACGUCACAUUAGAGCCGCUCAUCCAGCUCAUUACAAGCCGCAUUGCGGGUGUCAUUGCGGCAGGGAAAUACGUUGUCUGCGAAUAUAAUAUCCCCCGUGCAAGAUUGCACGAUGCGACUAGCAUCACCCCCGGACGACGUGCGCCCACAAUCAGUCCCCUAGAAGACGAGGCGUGGGUUGCAGUCAGUAGUAUGGUAGAGAAGAAUAGAAUUGCGGACGCCAUGGACGACCUCGUAAAGAUCGGCGCGGAAGAUAUACUGAUAUUUAACCUAGACAACUGUCGAGUGUAG